AUGGCCACCCCCACAAGAUCGCCGGCCUACACGACGCGGUUCCUGGCGUCAGAGGACAGCCACCUGCGCGACCACCAAAAGUUUCUUCUCGGCUCCAGAUCCAACCUCGCCCUCCUCCAAACGACGGACGACCAGUACAUUGUCUACUUGGAGUCACCCAAGCCACAGCGCAAGCCACCGCCGCCGAAAUCUGCGCAUGCCGUGCCACGCCAAGCCAAGAAGAAGACCAAGAAACCAAUGUCGUCGCCGCUUCGAGCUGCGAGCGCCCAUGGCCUUCGCAAAAAGAGGGGCCAAGUCGAGCCGCUCGCCGAGAUGCCUCAAAUGGCACAAGUGACGACACCGACGAAACCACUGGUCCGGCACCGCAGUGCGUCGGCCCUCGGCCAUCGACCGUCGACGAUGGCGGACGAGACGACCAAGCCGACGGUCAACCACUUGCUCGAGAGCGACAUGGCGUACCACGAAAAGGUUUUGGCGCUGCAAAAAGAGAUUGCGUCGCUGGACGCAGAGAAAAAAUCCAUCGACAAGAGCAUCGACAUCAUGCGCAAGCAGCUGCGGGGUGUCCACGCAGUCCAGGAGAACGACCAAGCCGUCGCCCACUGCCUCUCGGUCGUCCAGCACCGCUUCAAUAAGGCUGAAGAGGAGUACAUGAAGGCCGUGACGCAGCAAGCCGCAGUGCGCAUAGCGAUUGAUUAUCUCCGCCAAGAGCUGUUGUCCCUGGGUCAAGUCCAGCGCAAGCUCGAGUCGGACAUCCAGGAUGCGCGAACGAAGAUCAUCGAGGCCGAGGAGCGCAUCAACACGACGCGAGAAGUCGCAUCGGAUACGAUGAACGAGCUCGCCGAAUUGGAGCGGCAGGCCGAGGCCGACGCGGUCGAGCGCGUGCUCAAGUUGCCACCCGAAGACAACUUUGUGCACAUGGACGUCCCCCGUAUGAUGGCGUUCAUCCACGACCGUGCGGCUGCACGGGAACAAGCGCUGGCGUCCAUGGAAGCGAGCAACGCCGCGGCCGAAGCCAGCGAAAAGAUCAACGAAGCGACUGAAUUACCGCUCCGCCACAAGGUCCAUUUCACCACUACGUUCGAGACGAUCCAGAGCGAGCUCGAUGUCCCGAGCAUCGAGGCGUUCGUCGACGCCUUCGUCGAGACCGAGACGCAGCUCAUCUCGCUCUACAAGCUGGACCUCGAGCAGCAAGCAGAAGUCAAGCGCUUUGAAGAUCAAUUGGCGGCACUCGAGGACGAAGCAGCGCAGAUCCAGUCGUCGGUGCACGCGGCCGACGCGGCCAAGGCGAUCGAAACCCAGAGUGCCCAGGAAAAGCUCCGUCAAGCCGAGCGCAAGACCCAAGAGUACUUGGAGCUCACGCGGAAGCGCUCGAUGGAGCACGACGCGUUGCGCGCGCCGAUCUUGCACCUCCUUGAAGUGCUGAAAACCGACAAGCACGUGCUGCAAGGCAACGGGUACAUUGCGGCCGUCCAGGACAUGCCCCUGCCUGCGAUUCUCGGAAUUGCCCAAGAACGUAUUGUUGAAAUUGCCAUUAUGAAUCAAAUGACACUCAAGACAAAAGACUCGACCCGGCGCGACUCGAACCGCAACACCAAAGAUCCUAGUCCCGCAUCGGCCAUCGUGGUCGGACCGCGGGUCCCGCUGGCCACGGAGCCCUCGCCCAUGUCGGCCGACGCGAUCGGGCCCUUCGAGACGCUCGCCUCAGCGAUGGUGCUUCCGGCCGUCCUGACCAGCGACGCGGCGAUGGACAACUCGAUGCCCGUCUCGCCCGACCAGCUCCUCCAGCGAGCACUCUUGAAGUAACUAAAGUAGUAGAAACAUGCAC